UGUAACGUUUGAUAAAUAGUCGGAAAAUAAGUUAUUUAUAUAUAAAAUGUAUACUGGAGGUUUUAUAAAGGAAAGAGUAGGGGCGGCUUUAAUUAGCAAGAACAUCGGCAAACAGCGACCAAUAGUCUGAAAUGGAAAAUCUUUUGGGUCUUCUGAGAGUACGAGUCAAGAGAGGUGUGAAUCUAGCUGUUCGCGAUGUUUGCAGCAGUGAUCCCUACGUUGUCCUCAAGAUGGCUAAACAGAAAUUGAAGACCCGAGUUGUAAAAAAGGAUGUUAAUCCUGAGUGGAAUGAUGAUUUAACUCUUUCUAUUGCAGAUCCCAAUCUUCCUGUUAUGCUGACUGUGUAUGAUCACGACAUAUUCAGCAAAGAUGACAAAAUGGGAGAUGCUGAAUUUGACAUCAAACCAUUUCUAGAGGCUCUCAAGAUGAACUUAAGUGACCUCCCAGAUGGCACCAUUAUUACAAGAAUACAACCAUGCAGAUCUAACUGCCUGUCCGAAGCGUCUAAUGUUGUAUGGAAAGAUGGGCAGGUUGUGCAAGAUAUGUGCCUAAGAUUGAGAAAUGUGGAAUGUGGAGAGGUCGAACUUCAACUUCAGUGGAUCAACCUUCCUGGUUCCAAGGGUUUAUAGAAUACAGCGUGUGUAUAUACAUCUGGUUGCAGUAAACUGCUGUCUGUGAACUAGUUUGUGCUCUCACAAUUGAUCUCUAGUUGUGAUAAGUGGAGUUUGUUAUAUAGAAGUUCAAUUAAGUUACCUUUGCACACUGCACUGAUCUGUUGUGCAAGGUUUCUAGCUUACCGAAUAUGUGGUUUGAAUAUUCUCUUCCUUUUUUCUUGUAUCACUGGAAUCAUUGUCGUGUUAUAUAUGCUAAGUACUCAGUAUACAGGUUUGCAGAAAAGUGCAUACCUUUGUGUGAA